AUGUCACUCACAUCGCACACAGUCGGACCGUCGAGCGCGCGCGCGACGCCGACACGUCGAAGGCAUGCGCAGCGUCGCGUCACCGCGAAGUCGUCGCCGCAGGAGGCGUGGAUCGAACGGAAGCUUGGGUCGGAAGUGAUUGAGACGAAAUCACUGGGUGGGUCCCAGUGGGCGUCGUUUUCCUCGCACACGCUCAAAGACGGGCGCGAGGUGUUCGUGAAGACGUCUGGGAAAGGUCCUGAGAUGUUCCAGGGGGAAGCCGCGGGCUUAAGGGCGCUUCGCGCGGCCGGAGGGUUCGUAGUGCCGGAGGUGUACGGUGCCGGCGUGCUCGAGAGCGCCACGGCGCGAAGCGACAGCUUCAUCGCGAUGGAGUUCCUGAACAUCGGCGGGAGAGGGGACCAAGGGGAUUUCGGUGACGCGUUGGCGAGGAUGCACCUCGCGGAGCCGAGCCAUGAGGAGGCGAAGAAGGGGAUGUUUGGGUUUGAGGUGAAUAACACUAUCGGCGAGACGCGACAGCCGAACGAGUGGACCGACGGAUGGUUGGAGUUCUGGCGAGACAAAAGGCUGAUGCAUAUGAUCAAUCUCUCACGGGACGCCAAGCUUCGUGAGCUCGCAGAGAAGGUUGCGGAUAAAAGACUACCUGAGAUGCUCCGCGCCGCGGGUGAUGUCAAGCCGAGUCUGCUCCACGGCGACUUGUGGAGCGGCAACAUCGGAACCGUGGCGAGUAAGCCGUCAGUGUUCGAUCCGGCCGUGUACUACGGGCAUCACGAGGCUGAGUUCGGGAUGUCGUGGUGCGCGAGCUUUUCGCCAGCCUUUUGGGAGGCGUACCACGCAAAGAUACCAAAGGCGGACGGCUUCGACGAGCGAGCCAAGAUGUACAAGCUCUACCAUUAUUUGAACCACUACGUCAUGUUCGGAGGAGGGUACUACGGACAGUGCGUGAGCAUUCUGAAGGAACUCGCGUGA